AUGCCGUCCCUUACCCCCCUCCCCUUCCUCUUCCUCCCUCUAACAAUACUCGCCCUAACGAUCCCUUCCCUCAACGGCCCCGCCUACCUCUCCCCCUACCUUAACACCACCGUCAAAAACAUCACCGGGAUCGUAACCGCAAAAUCCGCUGAUGGAAUCUACAUCCGCUCGCCCAUCUCAGACAACGACAUCCGCACCUCGGACUCCAUCUACGUCUACAGUCGCACAAUCGGCAGCAACCUCACCCUCGGCGACACCAUCGUUGUCGGGGGAAAAGUGACGGAAUACCGCUCUAACAAAGACUACCUGUACCUCACACAACUCAGCAGCCCAGUCCUCGAGCGGAAGAUAAGUUCAGGCACACCGAUUCCACCGCGUGUGAUAGGGCUUAAUACACCGUUCCCCCCUACGGAAAAAUACAGUAGUCUGGACAAUGGUGGUAUUUUCGCUGUGCCCAACAACGCCAGUUUAAUCAGCACGGUAAACCCAACUCUACGCCCGCAAACCUACGGCCUGGAUUUCUGGGAGUCACUAACGGGUGAACUGGUAACGAUACGGCGACCCACUGUGCUCACGAAACCGAAUCAAUACGGCGAUACGUGGGUCGUUGGUGGGGACUGGAAAGCUACAGGACGGAAUAACCGCGGCGGUCUUACUAUGACAGCGCAAGACGCUAAUCCCGAGGCCAUUGUCAUCGGAACGCCGUUGGACGGUAGUAAGAACCCCACCGACUCCCGCAUGGGCGAUGAGAUUGAGGAUGUUACCGGGGUGGUGACAUAUGGGUUUGGGUUUUAUCGGAUUUUGCCUACGACAGGGGUGCGGGUUGUGAAGAAGAAGGAACCUGAGGUGCCGAAGAAGACGGGGUUGGUGUCGAGUGGGGGGUGUGAAGGGCUUACGGUUGGGGCGUAUAAUGUGGAGAAUCUGGCGCCGAAUUCUACACAUCAUGCCGGGUUGGCGAGGCAUGUGGUGGAGUUUAUGCGUAGUCCGGAUGUUAUUUUUGUGCAGGAGGUGCAGGAUGAUAAUGGGCCUACGAAUGAUGGAGUCGUAUCCGCGAACCUAACCCUCAAAACCCUCACAACAGCUAUAACCCUAGCCGGCGGACCAAACUACACCUUCACCGACAUCGCGCCCACCGACUCUCAAGACGGCGGCCAACCCGGCGGCAACAUCCGCGUCGCCUACCUCUACAACCCCAACCACGUCCGUCUCUACAAACCCAACCCAGGCGGUGCUCUCGAUGCCAACGAGGUACUUGCCGGUCCGGCGCUAAAGUACAACCCUGGACGUAUUGAACCUGCAAAUGAGGCUUGGACGGCGAGUCGGAAGCCGUUGGUUGCGCAGUGGGAGGUCAUUGGGAAGAAGCAGAAAAAUAAGCCUGAUGUUUUCUUCACUGUGAAUGUGCACUUUGGGUCAAAGGGGGGCAGUAGUAGUGUGCAUGGGGAUGCGCGGCCGCCUGUAAAUGGAGGUGUUGACGAUCGGCUUGAGCAAUCUCGUCUCACUGCAAACUUUAUCAAGGAGAGUACCGCCCGCAUCAUCACUGCAGGCGACUUCAACGAAUUUGCUUUCGUCGAGCCCCUUGAGGAGUACGCCACAAUAUCCGGACUCAAGGAUCUUGACGCCGUGGUCGGCAUUGACAAAGUCGAACGUUACACAUACAUGUUUGAUAUGAAUGCCCAACAGCUCGAUCACAUGUAUGUGUCGCCAUCGCUAGCCAAGAAGAGCAAGGCCGCUUAUGAGCACAUCCACGUCAACACGUGGCCUGAGUUUGCUGCUCAGGUCAGCGAUCACGACCCAUCCGUAGCCAAGCUGAACGUGUGCGCCUAG